AGCCCUGGUUGGAGUGUGGGUGUGUAUCGAGGUCCGCCUAAAGUAACGCUGUGUAUAAGAGAGGAGAUAAGAUCUGUACAAUAUGACAAGACUAGUAUUGCAGACACUUGGGACCUCUCUGGAACACUAAUAUCCAAGGUUGAAGUGGAGGGCUCUCCUGAUAUACAAGUCACUCUCAGCACACCUCACGAGUGGGCGGGGCUUGAGGACAUUGUAUACCAUCCCAUAGUACAUGCUGAUGAUGCACAUCACCGUGGUAACCAAUGGAAGGUCCGUUACUCAGCUCCUCUGGAGAGCACAUCACUACUCCACUACAGUGUGACUGCAUUGCCAUGUCUACCCAUACGAGGAUUCUAUCAGAUGAAGGGUGAUAGCUCAGUGCGACUACUGGUACAACUCAAGCUCAAUGAAGGUGUUAAAAACUACUUUGAGUUUUGUGAGGUCCACAUUCCGUUCUUCAACAGAGGUGUUAUUGAGAGACUGGAUUCUAUUGUGCCCUCCAAUCUGGCAGCAUCAUUAGCUCUGAGCAAGGACAACAAGAGCAUCGUCUGGGCCAUUGGUCAGAGAUUUCCUGUGCGUGGACUGGAGCUCUCACUGCAAGCCACUGUACACUUUAAGGAAGGUCCUGAAGAGAAUAAACCAUUCUUUGUGGGCUCCAACUCAUACAUAGAGGUAUUCUUCAAGAUGCCAGAGUUCACUCUGAGUGGAGCCACUGUGGACAGCAAAUCAGUCACUCUGUUUCCCAGCAGCAAACCUAAAGUCGUCAUCAGUCGUGAACUUUACACAUCAUCUUAUAGAGUAUGGAACUCUCAUGGCGAUGUACUGGCUACCUACCCACAAUACAGAACUCAGUGACUAUUCGAUUAGUGUUGUAGUUUUAUUCGUGUGAACAAUAUUGAACAUUACAACAAAAAUUAUGUUUGCAGAAUAAUAAAUCAACAACAGUAAUUAAA